AUGCUUACAUCGAUAUCUCUGCCCACUUUCUUUUGGAGAAAGACAACAAAGUUCCUUCUUAAGAGGAUGCUGACAAGCCGCGAGACAAAGACGAUCGACAGCGGUUGCCUACAACGUACAAAGGUCAAGUUGGUACGAGAUCACCUUACGGCUCACGUUCUCUUCGCAGCCGAUCGUUCGUCGCAGCGCCCGCUCGGUCCUCCGCCGCACCUCACCAUACACUUUUGUAAACCGACUACGACGACUAUUAUCGCGCGAUCUCGGUGCGGAGAUGCUUUUCAUAAUGCGUCCAGA